GGAGGUGGAGCCGGGGCCCACCGGCCCCCUGGAGACCCCGGAGCAGGCCGAGGUCCCCGCCGCGAGCCGCCGGCCGGGGGGCAUCCGCGUCCUGAAGAGAAACAUGAAGCGCAGUGGAAGCAGACACUGUUUGCACAGGAGAAGUAGGUUCAGCUCCCGUGAGAGAGACUGGCUGAAAGAGGAUGUGAAGAGAGGCUGUGUCUACCUCUAUGGAGCAGAAACAGCUACUGCCACUACCACUGCCUCCGUGGCCAGCACUGUCACCUCAUCCUCUUCUGAUUUACACCUGGUCCUUUGCACAGUAGAGACACCAGCAUCCGAGAUAUGUGCUGGACAGGGAAAGGAAAGCCUUUAUUUACAGCUCCACGGAGACCUAGUCAGGAGACUGGAUCCUACUGAACGACCCCUUCAGAUGGUAUAUGAAUACUUAGGCAGCUUGGGCUUUGAGGAUCCUGUUCGUAUACAGGAGGAAGCAACAAACCCUGACCUCAGUUGUAUGAUUCGUUUUUAUGGAGAAAAACCGUGUCAGAUGGACCAUCUCGACCGAAUUCUGUUAUCUGGCAUCUAUAAUGUACGCAAGGGAAAGACCCAGCUUCAUAAGUGGGCUGAGCGCUUCGUUGUUCUCUGUGGGACUUGCCUUAUUGUGUCUUCGGUGAAAGACUGCCAGACUGGAAAGAUGCACAUUUUGCCCCUUGUUGGGGGAAAGGUAGAAGAAUUGAAACGGCGGCAGCACAGCCUCGCCUUCAGCUCAGCAGGAGCACAGGCUCCAACAUACCACGUCUGCUUUGAGUCCUUGGCAGAGUGCCAAAGGUGGCAUCGGCAGGCCUCCAAGGUGGUGUCGCAGAGAAUAAGCACAGUUGAUCUCUCGUGUUACAGCCUUGAGGAGGUUCCCGAGCAUCUCUUCUAUAGUCAAGACAUCACCUACCUCAACUUGCGACACAACUUUAUGCAAUUAGAAAGACCAGGAGGCCUUGAUUGUCUCUACAGGUUUUCUCAGCUGAAGGGCCUGAAUUUGUCCCACAACAAGCUUGGGUUAUUCCCCAUUUUACUUUGUGAGAUCUCCACUCUAACAGAACUCAACCUUUCCUGUAAUGGAUUUCAUGAGUUGCCUGGUCAGAUUGGCAAUCUUCUUAAUCUACAGACUCUCUGUCUUGAUGGCAACUUCCUCACUACUUUACCUGAAGAACUGGGAAAUUUACAACAGCUUUCCACUCUUGGACUCGCCUUCAACAAUUUUAACCAAAUUCCAGAGACUUGUGUGAAGCUCACCAUGCUAGAGAAACUGGCUAUGGCAGGCAACCAGCUAGAAAUCCUGAAUCUUGGGGUUUUGAACAGGAUGAAGCAUAUCAAACAUGUAGAUUUCAGGUUGAACAAUUUGAAGAGAACAGUUGUUGACAACCUGGAAGGGAAUAAACAUGUUACGCACAUGGAUUUGCGGGAUAACCAGUUGACUGAUCUGGAUCUGAGUUCCCUGGGAAGCCUCCAGCUGCUGCACUGUGAACGGAAUCAGCUGAGGGACCUAACGCUCAGUGGCUUUACCCUUCGGGUCCUCUGUGCCAACUCCAACAGGCUGACAACAGUGAAUGUUUAUCCAGUGCCUAGUCUGCUCACUUCCUUAGAACUCUCUAGGAAUCAAUUAGAAUAUGUUCCUGACUGGGUCUGUGAAUCAAAGAAGAUUGAGGUGUUGGAUAUGAGCUACAACCUUCUAACCGAGGUCCCCAUUAGGAUUCUGAGUAGUUUGAGUCUCAGGAAACUGAUGGUGGGACACAACCACGUGCAGAGUCUUCCAGUCCUUUUGGAACACAUUCCUCUUGAGGUCUUGGAUCUGCAGCAUAACUUACUCACCAGGCUGCCAGACACCCUCUUUUCCAAGGCCUUGAAUCUCAGGUACCUGAAUGCCUCUGCAAACAGUCUAGAGUCUCUGCCUUCUGCUUGCACUGGGGAAGAGAGUUUGAGUAUGCUGCAGCUACUCUACCUGACCAAUAAUCAGCUGACGGACCAAUGUAUUCCUGUCCUGGUAGGACACCCACACCUCCGAAUCCUGCAUCUUGCAAACAACCAACUACAGACUUUCCCAGCCAGCAAAUUGAACAAGUUGGAGCAAUUGGAGGAGCUGAAUCUGAGUGGCAACAAACUAAAGACAAUUCCUACAACCAUUGCAAACUGUAAACAACUGCACACUCUUGUUGCACACUCCAACAAUAUCAGCAUAUUUCCAGAGAUCCUGCAUUUGCCUCAAAUCCAGUUUGUAGAUUUAAGUUGUAAUGACUUGACAGAAAUUCUGAUUCCUGAGGCUUUGCCUCCUACCCUUCAGCACCUUGACCUAACUGGAAAUACAAAUCUGGUUCUGGAACAUAAGACACUGGACAUCUUCAGUCAUAUCACCACCCUGAAAAUUGAUCAGAAACCCUUGCCGACGGCUGAUUCUGCAGGUGCGUCGACCUUCUGGAGCCAUGGGCUUGCUGAGAUGGCUGGCCAGAGGAAUAAGCUCUGUGUGUCUGCUUUGGCCGUGGAUAACUUUGCUGAAGGUGUGGAAGCCGUAUAUGGCAUGUUUGAUGGAGACCGGAAUGAGGAGCUCCCCCUCCUGCUACAGUGCACUAUGGCUGACGUGCUUCUGGAAGAGGUGCAGCAGUCAGCAGUUGAUACAGUUUUCAUGGCUAACACAUUUUUGGUAUCUCAUAGAAAAUUGGGAAUGGCUGGCCAGAAGCUAGGUUCCUCUGCCCUCCUCUGUUACGUCCGACAUGAUGCUGCUGAUCCUACAAGUAGCUUCACCCUGACAGUGGCCAAUGUAGGCACAUGCCAAGCAGUCCUGUGCCGGAAUGGACAGCCCUUGCCCCUCUCCAGAGUCUUCAGCUUGGAACACUGCCCACAGGAGCUGCAGCGGGUGAAGGAACAGAAAGCCAUCAUAACAGAGGACAACAAAGUGAAUGGAGUAACCUGCUGUACCCGGAUGCUGGGCUGUACAUAUCUCUACCCUUGGAUCCUUCCAAAGCCCCAUAUAUAUUCCCUUCCACUUACGGUACAAGAUGAGCUGCUGAUCUUGGGAAACAAAGCACUGUGGGAACGUUUGUCUUACCUGGAAGCUGUGGCUGCAGUGCGGCAUGUCCAUGAUCCAUUGGCAGCUGCCAAGAAGUUAUGCACACUAGCACAAAGCUAUGGUUGUCAGGACAAUGUUGGGGCAAUGGUGAUCUGUUUGAAUGUUGGGGAAGAUGGUUGUACCUGUGAGGUGAAUGGCCUCAGCCUCCCAGGUCCUGGGGGAUUUGCCUCAGCUACCACCAUGAAAGAUGCUCCAAAGCCAACCACCCCUUCCUCCAGUAGCGGCAUUGCCUCCGAGUUCAGCAGUGAAAUGUCCACCUCAGAAGUGAGCAGUGAAGUGGGUUCCACAGCUUCUGAUGAGCACAAUGCCACUGGCCUGGAUGCCAGCCUACUGCCAAGGCCAGAAAGACGUUGCAGCCUCCAUCCCACGCCUACCUCUGGGGUAUUUCAGCGCCAACCGUCUUGUGCCACUUUCUCAAGUAACCAGUCUGACAAUGGCCUGGACAGCGAUGAUGACCAGCCAGUUGAAGGGGUUAUAACAAAUGGUAGCAAGGUAGAGGUGGAAGUAGAUAUCCAUUGCUGUAAAGGAAAGGGUCUUGAGGCAUCGCCGCCUGCUCUUGAAGAGACUUCUCUGACCCUAGGUCCUGAGGAAGACUCUGGAGGGUUGUUCUUUAGGUUCCAGAGACAAAACAGUGUGAACUGUGGAACACACCUUCCAAUGAGCAGGGAGUUACAGAAAUCUCCAUCCACUUCUUGCCUCUAUGGGAAAAAACUCUCCAAUGGCUCUAUUGUGCCCCUAGAGGAUAGCUUAAAUCUCAUUGAGGUGGCCACAGAAGCACCCAAGAAAAAGACGGGCUACUUUUGUGCCCCAACUCAGCUGGAGCCAGAGGAUCAGCUUAUUGUACCUCAUGACCUGGAAGAGGAAGUAAAGGAACAACUGAAACACCCCCAGGAUGCCCAGGCUGGGCCAGACUCAGAACCCUGGGAGGAGGAUCGGGUGGACCAUUCAGAAGAAUUUGACACUGCUCUGUAACGCUCCAGAAGGCACUCCGGGAUCUGAGAAGGUGAUGGAUCUUGUGGCCAGUGGUCCUUCCCAACAAGUUUGGCUUUUGUGUUGGCUGCCACCCUGUGGAUGAACAGAAAGGAGGCACUGGGAAUGAAAAAUGAGAGUGGCUGGGUUUACUUAGAAUGAACUAGUAACUACUUAGAAUGAACUAGAACUAAUGGAUUUAACAUUUAAUUGUCAUUGGAAUUCCCUGGGGAGGAGAAGGUCCACCUCAGUCCUGCCACCUGCCAUUAACCCCUUCUCUCCCAGGUUAAUUUUGAGAACUUGCCUGCCUGGGCAGGAGGGGGAUUUGUUUUGUGGAAGAAGUGACCGAAGAUUGAUUUCUCUUCACCAUCACUGCUGAAGGAUCUCUGGCUUGACACCUUGUCAGGUGUCAGAGCUUAGCCUAAUGAUGAGAUGUGCUGUAGUCAUGUGGCUUCUUAUUCUUACUUUUAUACAAGAAUACAGCCUAUGGAAAUGAAGUUCACUGGGAAUGCAGAGCCAAUCAGACAGUUGAUUUACGUACGUCCUGUAUUGGAAGCACUUUUCAAUGACUGAAAUUUAUUUUUGAAUCUGCACUCGAGCCAAUCUUCUUAGAGACAGUCCCCACCUUGGUCCCUCAGAUUAGGGACAGCAAGGUGUUGGUGCCCCUCACAGGGGUCCCAAGAAGGGUUAGAGGGAACAGAGAUGGGGGAAGAUUCAGAGUUCUCUUGAGAGGGAUAUGAAUUUUUAAAAGGUAAAAAUCAGAAUGAAGAGAAAAGGUACAGAGUCUCCUGGUCAUGGUGAGGGGAUCCAGUUCAGAUCUCUUGACAGGAAUGAGAAGGGGCUGAGAAUUUCCCUGCAUAUGAGGAGGAGUGAUCUGGAGACUGACAUAAUUCCAUAAAAUAUGGAAGCAGUUUUCAUCUUCUACUGGGUAGGGCCAGGGUCUGACUCCAGUCCAGGUGACCUUGAGCUAUUUUAUGUUCAGGAGAAAUUGAGAACAGAUGGAUGAACCUCACAUAUUAGAACUUUUCUCCCUCUAGUGGAGGAGGAGAUCCUUUUUCCUGAAAACCAGAGGAACAGAUUUUAACACUAAAAUCUGUUUUUUUAUAGGCCUUCAAAUCUUAAUAUUGCAGUGACAGACUAUGUUGCCCUUUAAAAAUCAGUCUUAGUACACCAUAUAUGCUCUCAAAGAGUGUUGGACUUAUUUACUGCUAUAUGAUUCUUACCAGAUUAGAAACAUUUCCAUGCAGACAGAAACCUUCAUUUUCUGUACCUUUUGCACAUCACUUCUCAUUCCACAUGGCCCUGUCAAAAUGCAUUUCCUUGCACAUUUUGUCCAGUUACCUUUGUAAUUUGAAGACUUAUGUAGACAGGAAAGCUAAUUUCUAAUUUUUGUUCCAAAACUUUGACACUGCCUCUCAUAAUCAUUUUGGGGGCACAAUUUGGAUUUGUUGAGUGUUUGCACAGUCCAAGAAGAAAACAGGGUGGAACCAUUUAGCAUUUGCUUUGUUAGUAGGAACAUAAAGGUUUGCCAAAUAAUUUUUAAAAGCAGCUCAAUCUAUACUUUGUGGGGGGCUUGUUGUUUGAAGCAAUAAUAGCAAACCAGUUGCCCAGAUGAUCAGUUUACUGAAGAGUCCACGGUAUUGAUUGUCUAAGAAGUACGAAUGUAUGGCGCUUGUGAUAGCUUUUAAAGGGGAUCCUGUUAAUUGCUUAAUGACCAUUUAAUGAUAAUCUUUUCAGGAGUCCAAAUUUGAGUUCUUGUACUGUUAGGAAAAUUUUGGUUUGUCUGUCAAAUUGUUGCUCUGCUACUAAAGAACUUGCAGUUUCAAAUCUGCGAUCUGAUCAGUUCCUCCUUAGGGGGCACAUUCAGUGUUUGAGGUUCACUAAAAAAAUGGGUGAAUUAUUUUGUGGCAGGUAGCAUUGUUUCUGGGGAAAUGAGAAAGCCAAAUGGGGAAGAGGCUAAGAUAGUGAUGAUAAUGCUGAGCCUUGUCCUUCCAAAACUGCAGAAUAGUUGUAGAAGUAACAUCCUCUAAAAAGGAAGGCUGAUUUGUAAAGCUGCCACAUGGAAAUCAGGGCCUUUCUCAGAGUUGUCUUUAGCUUGUAUUUCUUUCAUUUCUUUCCCCAGACUGCUUGUUUCAAUAGUCACUAGUUCUUUACAACCUGGUGUAUUGGGCUUAUUCUUUUGACUUGUAAGCUCAGAAUUUGGAGGUUACAAAUGUUCCUGUAUUAAAGUUAAAUUUUUUUUCUAGAAAAUUUCAGAUUAGAUUAAAAAACUAAACCUAAAUUUGCGGGUAUAGGGAAAUGAUUCUCUUAUUCAACCACUCUGGAAGAGAUAAGUAAAAGAUUGCUUCCUAAAAAUCCAAGCGGCUCCCUCCCCCCACCUCACCCCCACCAGAAUAGGAGACCUGUUGCCCUAAAAGAUGAUGUGUAGGAAAUUGCAUUAUCUGAUCAGGCUAUCAGUGGUUCAUGACAUCUAGUCCCAUAUGCCGAGCACUAUCUGCUCUCUUAAGCCUGAGAGACUAAAUGUGUCCCUAGAUUCCCCUUGUACAGUGUCCUUCUCAUGGUUCUGUGUUCUUUGUAAAAUGUGUACCUGCCAUCUCUGUGUAACAGCACAGAGUAACAGAGGUUCUGAAAGCAUAUAACAACUUAUUCUGAGGCCUUCAAACAGCAGUGGGUGACCCCUGUGAGUUGAAAAUGUAUGACUCUUAAGAGUCAUGGCAUUUAAUCAAAAUGGAUCUGGGAAGUACUAUAUUCUAAACUUUGAAGAUUGAUAUGUCAAGCCACAGUGCUAUCCUAGUCACCGACUCACCACUCCAGACAAAUGAGGGUUUAUUAUACUACUGUCAAGCAUACGUGUGCAAUAAGAUGAUGCGUUCUCUGCGUGUAAGAUAGAGCAGAUGUGAGCAGCUUGAUUACUAUUGGGUACUAGGAUGAUAGUUGGUUUGCAGUUGCUGCUGUUUUCCAGGAGAUGGGUCUAGUUAGUAUUAGCCAGUCAACUGACUGUUGAGUGAUUAUCUUAUUUUUAUGUAGACUUCCAACAAAAUCAAGUACUUACAAGCCACUGGCUUACCAUCUUUUUCUGUUCACUAAUUAUCCCGUGAAAAACCUCCAUGAGGAAGCAAGUGACAAAUACAUAGAACAGUGAUUCAGCAGCCUCCGAGCCACUUAGUGAGGCCUGAAGCAGGCCAGAUGGCGUGUGACAUGUCUCACAUUUCACCUCAUUCUGGGUGAAGCCAUUCAGAUUCCCAAAAACACAGAGGUGGCAUUUUAUUUUCAGUUAGUGACUGCCCUAUAAUUGAGAAAAUACUUCCUGGCUUAGGAAAAGAGCCUGCAUAUAGUAAGUCUUGCUGUCAUCAUUCAUCCACACAUAAGUUCCUUGUGCUCUAGACUAUAUGCCCUUCUCCUGGAUUUUGUAGGAUUUCCCUCACUUUUGCCAAUGGAUAUUGUCCAGGCAGUGAGUCCACAUCUUACAGUUUUGUGCAAUCAUUGUCCUAUUAUAGUCUUAAGACUCAUCAUAGUGUAUUUUUGAUAUUUUUGAAAUGUGUUAAAUUUUUUAAUUCAAUAACAUGAGCCAGAGCAUGUUUCAGCAAAUUUAUUGUUUGUAAAAAUAAUGAUGAUGAUAAUAAUAAACAAAUAAAUAUAAUAUAUUUUGGUGCUUUCGUUUUAAAGUGGAAUGCCUAUUAUUUUAAAAACUCUUGUAUGUGAUGUUCUUUUGGUUUAUUAUUGAUUUGGAAUUGAAUGCAUCCUCAAGAUUUCCCCUUUUUUCCUGCUUUAGGAAGAUGAGCAAGACACUUAGGGUAGGGGAAAAGGCAUAUCCCACAUCUUAUAAGAUUUACAUAUAAGUUGAGACAGGAACAUUUUUAGUCAGCUUUUCACAUGACAAGGCAAAAAGAGCUUUACUUUCAAUAAUAGUGCACAUUGUAGAUACUUGACAUUUCAAGGACGUAGUCAUUUUCUUAAGUCAAUUAGAAAACUAAACACUCAAGUCUUCUAGUCAAUGGAAUCUUCAGUAAAAAUUAAAUUUCAUUUUUUUCCCAUCAGU